CUCUCUUCCCCUCCUCCUCUUCCCGGACGACAUGGCCGAAUACGACGCAGACGACACGAUCCUCGUGCGGAUCCUCGACCCGCUCUUCUCGUUCCUCGCCUCCGUGCUCCCCCCGCCCAUCUACACCAUCGCCGAGUCGCUCAUCACGCACUCCGUCUCCCUCCUCGCCGCGCUCGUCAAGUUCACCCUCACCCUCAUCAACGCCGACUCCUGGGAUGCGCAGAAGAUCCUCCCGCCGCUCAUCACGCUGCUCGCGGCGUACCUCGCGCUCGUCAGCUUCUACCGCACGACCGGCUGGAUGAUCCGCACCGCGUUCUGGUUCGUCAAGUGGGGCGGGAUCCUUGGCACCCUAGCCGCAGGCGCGGGCUACUUUAUGGGCAACGCGAAUGUGGGCGGGGAGAAUGGCGUGGGCGGCGCGUUCAACGGCGGUGGAGGCCUGCUCUCCAUGUUCGGCAAUGCGCUCCUCGGUCAGCUUAACGAGAACGGGCAGAACGGUGCUGGGGCGCGAGGCGGGGCGCGAUCGAGUAGGAACACGAAAUCACGAGCGGGGGGUACAAGUCCGAGGACACGCGCGCAGACGAAGAAGCAGAAAGAGAACGUCCGACCGAAGGCGUGGGAUGGCUGGGACAAGCACAACGAGUGGCAGUAUGACGCAAAGAAGGCGGCAAAGGACGACGCGGCCCGGGCGAACGACGGUGUGCAGGAGACGGUGCAGAAGGUGAUGGGUGUCGUGCAGGAGGCGCUCGGGGCGGGGUGGUGGGAGACGGUGAAGAACGCGGUGGAGGGGAGCGGCCUUGUGGGCGCGGGUCGCGAGGAGACGAGGGAGGACGACGACCGAUCUCCGCGACGGCCGAAACGCGACGCGAAGGGCCAGAGUAACGCACGAUGACGGACGGCGAUACGGCGGGGAUUUGGGCUCGAUGUGCUUUCUUGGAUUCGGGACGCACGGUAUGUAUUGAUGUUUAUGUAUUUGUACAUGGUACUCAUAUUCGCGUCCCUGGUGAUACCAGACGUCGCGGAUCA